AGGAGGGGUCGGGGGUCGUUUCAGCCAGACUAGGAGUCAUCCAAGUGGGAAGGGGGACCCUGGGUGGCAUCCCUGGGGCUGAGGUGAUGGGGGAGCCCCUGGGUGGAAGGGAACCGAUGUUGGGGUCACUUGAGGGUUGGGGCGGUGGACUGAGGCCUGGUUACGUGCCUACUACCCCGCCCCGCCCUCCUCGCUGCGUCACAGUCGGCGGCCCCUUGGCUACCGGCUCUCUGUCCCUCGCGCUGCGCUGGAGCCGCAGCAUACCCGGCCGGCAUGGGCCGCGAGGCCUCGGGCAGCCCUGGGCGCUGCAGACCGCGGGGCCGGUGUCCUGGAGGCCGCAGGCGCCGUAGACUCCGACGCCAGAGUCCACGCAAGCGUCGCAGCCCAAGAAGGAAGAAGAAAGGCCAUGCGCGAGGGCGCAAGAGGCCACCACCUCGGCAGAUGGAGCCCGCGCCCUCCACCCCUGGGCCUCCCCGGCGGGACCCUCCACAAUGCAGCACCUGCGCCGAGCUCCUGGGCUUGUGCGCAUCUCGUGAUGAUUGGCGCUGUGCGCGCUCCAUGCAUGAAUUCUCAGCCAAGGACAUUGACGGGCACAUGAUUUGCCUAGAUAAAUACAAGGGUCAUGUGUGCAUCGUCACGAACGUGGCCUCUCAAUGAGGCAAGACAGAAGCAAACUACACUCAGCUGGUGGACUUGCACGCACGCUACGCAGAGUGUGGUUUGCGCAUCCUGGCUUUCCCCUGCAACCAGUUCGGCAGGCAGGAGCCAGGAAGUAAUCAAGAAAUCAAGGAGUUUGCAGCCGGCUACAAUGUCAAGUUUGAUAUGUACAGCAAGAUCUGUGUCAAUGGCGAUGAUGCCCACCCGCUGUGGAAGUGGAUGAAAGUCCAGCCCAAGGGCAGGGGCAUGCUUGGAAAUGCCAUCAAGUGGAACUUUACUAAGUUCCUCAUUGACAAGAACGGCUGCGUGGUGAAGCGCUACGGUCCCAUGGAGGAGCCUCAGGUGAUCGAGAAGGACCUGCCGUGCUAUCUCUAGCCCCACAAGUGUGUGCCCCUCACCGAGCACCCCCCUCGCCCUGUGUCCCCCAGAACCUUCCACCCCGGCACUCAUGAAGGUCUACCUGCAAACCAGUGUGCUGGUGGGGCAGACCUGAGGAACCAGCGUGCAUCCUGGCCGGAUGAAGUUUCAGGAGGCCUGUGGCCCUGGGCUUGAGCUCCACCCUGUUUGCCUUGUGGGAAUAAAAUGUAGAAAUUGCC